CUAGAUUUGGGAAAGGGCAGAAAAUGUCCAAGAUCCUGGAAAUCAAUUCUGUACUUCAGUCAAUUUACAAAGAGCAAAAUCCUAGUUCAGAGAUAAGCUUUAGAACAAAUAGUUCUGUCCCAGACAGAGCUGAUAAAAUCACUGAUAAUUUAAACUACAAGAAGAAAGGAGAACAGAUGAGCAUGGAGGUAUCUCACUACAACAAACUUUCUUCUGAAGGGAGAAACCAUGUUCAAGAAACUUUGAAUCCCAACUCUUCAGCAAAUAAGGUUUGAGACUCUAAUGACACAAUAAAUUCGUUCUUCCCUCAGCUUAGUAAUACUCAAGAGACUUCAUUGGCUAAUUACCUAUCAAGACAACCAUCAAGAGCUGAAGAUAAUGGAUUAACCAAUAAGAAGUCUCUUGUGCUGACUAAAUAAAUUCGAGAAUAUGCUUAACUCUAAAUUACAAGGCUUGAAGGGAAAUCUGAGUCAAGCUAAUAAGCCUAAACACAAAAAGAGCUCGAUAGGAAUUUUCAUGGAUUUGGACUCUAAAAACCCUACUUUUGACAUGAAUGUAUACACCAGGGUGCUAAACCAGCAGUUGAAUAAGUCAAACAAUCAAUUCCUGCAGGAGAAAUAUAAAGCCUAUUGUCAGAGCAAGAGGAAAAGUAUCAGAGAAGCCAGAAGAUCGAAUAGGUUCUAACCAGUAGCCAGUCUUUGAUGAAUUAGUUAAUAAUUUCAAUUUUA